CUUCAACAUCAACCAACCACAUCCUUCUUUCCAAGAAAAUGAGAAUCUCAACGCAUUCUAUGGGCUCCUGAAAAAGGCAGCAUACGAGAUAUUCAAUUCACCAAUAAACCAUUUCGAAUUGUCCUUGCAUGGGGGAAAUGAUGGCGCAGCUGCUAUAGAGAACCUGUCGAAAUGCAUCCCGUGUGAAAUUCUACUCGACUAAGAGCCCUGGAGACAAGAUGAUUCAAGGAAUCUUUUAUGCCAGAUUCCUCCCGCAGGAAGGAACCAAGAUCGUAGCCCAAUCACCACCAGGAUGCAUCGUAGCCACCACAUAUACGCCGCAUCUCAAGCCGCCCCUGGUCGACUUCGACAUAAUCCAGGAGUACAUCAUCCCGCGCAAAGCCUUCUUCAACCGGUUCAUGACGGUCAACUCCCCGGACAACAAGUACAGCAUCCUGGGCUUCCCGGUCUCUAUCCCGGACGAGCGGUACCACCGCAACGAGUUCAUCUUCAACUUCGGGCUCGUCGUCGAGUCCGACUGCGACCAGAUCCCGUAUGAGCGGCUCGUCCGGCGCCUCGCCGUCACCUUCGCGGAGAUGGAGCGCCAGCACGGGUACCUCAGCUCGAGCACCUCCUCUAACCCCUCCAACCCCUCCGAGGACUCAGGCCGGCGACCCAUAGAAUCGCUUUUGGAAAUCGUCAAAGAAGACCUAAACAACUACGGCGAAUGCAUGAUCCCCGUCGACGACGCCAACACUCUAAACAUGAAACUCUUCCCGUACCACGCGCCUCCGCCAGCGGUCCGCGGGUGGCACGUACCCGUGCCCAAGAUGAAGCUCGCCGACAUCGUGGACGCGACGUGGGACCUGACGCUCCAAAAAAUCAUCCCGCACGUCGACGGCGUGAACGACGUGCGCCGCAUCGCCUGGCUCGCCGACGUCUCGCUGCCGCUGACCCAGAUCGCGCUGCAGCACCUGCUGUACUACGACACCGUCCUGCUGCUCGACAUGUUCUUCUUCGGCAGCUGCUACGCCCCGCGGCCCGGCGUACACGACUUCAUCGCGAACCGGGACGGCUUGGUCGACGAGUGCGCGGGCUACGUGUGUAUCAGCAAUCCGAUGGCUGCUGCGGCUAGGGGUAGUAGCAGCAGUGCAGCCGAUUCUGUAGCGGCGGCCGGCGCGCCUGGCGACGGCGGGAAAGACGUGGUGGCGGACACGGCUAGUCUUUCCGGAGGCCAGCAGGGGGUGUCGAAUUACCAGCUCGUCAAGCUGAUGACGACGUUCUGCGUCGGCCGCAGCGUGAUGGAGUGGAUCAAGCUGCACCAGGACUCGGGGUUCGACGUGCUGCGCCACGUGGACAUCCGGCGGCUGGUGCAGUUCGGGGUCAUCAAGGGCCUCCUGUACCGCGUGCACAAGUACGUGGUGUCGAAGCAGGUGCUAGAGUCGCUGGCGACGGGGCGGCGGGUCGUUCCGGGCGGCGCCGAGGACGGCGAGGAGGAAGACGCGUUGCUGAAGUACGCGGACGGGAGCCAUUGCUUCGACCAGAUUAUCACGGAGCAGAAUAUGACGGAUGGCGAGAUCAUGAAGAAGUUGAAGAGUCUGGGGUCCGGAGAUAUGACUGUGUUCUAUCGAUAGGGAGGUUGGCUGGCUGGUGGAGUUGGUCGAAAAACGAAAUCUAUGACGGGACCGACGUCAUUUCCACGGGGAAACAGCUGAAGGAAAGUCGCCCACGAAAUGUGGCUUUGUAAAGAAUUGUUAUGAUGGAACCUCGGCGCGGAAUCCCUUAUUGAGCAUUCGCGGACACGAUGACAUGGCUAUCUACUCAAGGAGGCGUUCUAAAGAGUAAUCCGACCGGUCGACAAUGGUAUAGCUAGGAUUGCUACAUAUAAUCUGGGCUAUGCAAGGCUUGAACGGAUGGAUUGGUAUGAAUUCGUGAGGUAGGAAGCGUAGCAAGACGACUACUAGCAGGUGUGCAUGGGGUCGAAAUGGUUUCAUACUCCCAACAUACCUACCUGCCUACUCGUAUUCUGCGUGGACGAAUAUGAAAGGGUGUGAUGAAGAGAAUUAGCGAGGCGAGAAUCAUGAAAUGAGUGAACAACGCAUGUUCGAGACGGAAAUGACGAAGAUCUAAACGCCAAAUGGUGGAUAAUAACAACAGCCAUAUAGAUAUAGACGACGGCAUGCCACUAUAGCUCAGGGCUUUUCAUACAUCGCCACGCAAGGUAUAGCCCUGAAAACUUCGUCAAAGCAGAAGAUGACACGGGAUAUGUAUAUUGUACAAUUAAG